AUGCAAUCUGAUAUUAACACUCAGAAUCAGAUUAACCAUGAAGAUAAUAUGUCAAAGGAAGAUGAUAUGAAUAUGUCAAACAAAGAUGAUAUGCCAUUUGAAGACAAUCAGUUUUUACAACCUGUUCAGAACGAGAUGAAAAAAUAUACUGAUAUCCAAAUUAACAGAGAUCCAAUACCAAUAAUGAUUUAUAGUGAUACUCCUAACAUUCUUAAAGAAAUUUUUAAAAAAAUAUUUGAAAUAUGGAUUGACUUUUUGAAUUCUUUACUAGUGCCAAUUCCCAGCCAUUUUACUGUGAUCGAUCAAGAUACUGGAGAAGAGACAAGAAAAGAAUCAUCUGCUAUUUACCAUAAAGAUAAGCCAGCAAUAAUCAAAAAUGAAAUGGUUGCUGCCAGAUAUUUAGUGAUACUUGUUCAACGAUUGGGUUGGCAAGAAAUAUUUGGUUUAACACAUAACUAUGAACUCGUUCUCAAGCUUAUUGAUGAAGACAACAGUAAGAAUGCAAUUACUUUACAAAAUAGAAUAUUACAAAAACAAAAUAGAACUCGGGAUCAAAUGUUUGAAGACGGUGAUUUACUUAAUUACUUUGACAAAGUUAAGGUAGUUUAG